AUGUAUAAAGGAUUUAAUGAGAUCCGAGCAAUUACUGAAGAAAAAUCAAACAGAAGGAAAAUGCAAGUUCUAAGAAUUGAAUCACAGAGAUCUGAAGUCAAUCAAACCGAGCCUGUCACGGUAACACAGACAAUAUGGAUGAAUACAGCGGAUGCGCAGGACAUCCUUGGCUUAAGCAGCAGUGCAGGAAAGGACGAUGGCUUAAUUCCAGCUGGUGGCUUAACAGAUGUUGAUCGGAAGCAUAAGAAAUCACACCGUAGUGAUGCAUAUUUCAAGCGACCAGAAGGUAUGCAUCGUGAAUUAUACAAUUUGUUGGACCGAGAACGGAAUUUUGCGGCUCUUAUGCCGACAACUACUAAAAACACCGGCUACUGUCAUCAGAAAGCUCGAAUUGGUAUGAAGCGUGUUCGGCCAUGGGAAUGGACUCCAUUUGAAAAUGCUGCUCGUACCGAUGGCUUGAAAUUAAAUCAUUGGAAACGGGCGGAUAAAGUGGAUGAUGUUUACCCAUUUGCUAGAUUCAACAAGGUUAUCAAUGUGCCAACAUUCACUGAUGCUGAAUAUGACAAAUGUUUAAAUUCCGCAAAAUGGAGCAAAAGGGAUACCCGCCAUCUGUUCGAUCUUUGUCGGCGUUUUGAUUUAAGGUGGGUAAUUAUUGUAGACAGGUGGGAAGGUUCAACUCGUCGUACUAUGGAAGAGAUGAAGGAACGGUUUUAUAAUGCAAUAAAUGAACUGCACGCAUUGAAAAAUGAAACUGCAGAUGCGCUAUAUUAUGAUGCGGAACAUGAAAAGAGACGGAAAGAACAACUGAUAAAACAGUGGAAUCGUACAGAACAGCAGAUCGAAGAAGAAGAAAUGUUGAUUGCUGAGUUAAAGAAAAUUGAGGUACGUAAACGCGAGCGUGAGAGGAAAGCUCAAGACCUCCAAAAAUUAAUCACUGCAGGUGAAAGAACACCUGCAUCGCCAUCCACUUCUACUGUAUCUGUUGUUCCCAGCUCUAAUAUGAAAAAAUCUCACAAGUCUCGACUGCUCAAGACUUCGUCUAUACCAAAUCCCUCCAUUAGUGCAUCAUUUAUCCAGGAUCACUCAAAUCUACGAUUUCCGGAAUUCCGAAGCGCUGGCGCACAUUUGAGGAGUCAAGAAAUGAAAUUACCAACUAAUAUAGGACAGAAAAAAUUGAAAAAUAUUGAAACUGUCAUUGAAAAGCUCAAACUUGAUUUGGUACCAUUCGGAGUGGCAGAUAUUGUGAAAGGUUAUAACGAAUUUCGAGCUCGUAUUGUGCUCCUGCAAGAACUGAAGCAUUCAUUGCAUUCAGCUGAAUUUGAGUUAGAGUCACUAAGAACACGUUAUAAUGCUUUAAGUGGAAAGACUUUCGAUAUUGAGCCCAGAAUGAGGGUACGAACAGCAAGUGAAUCAAGUGUUACGGAUGCACCGCAAUUAGGUACUGAGGGUGCACCAACGACGAGCCGAACAAUCACUGAUAUGAUUGAAUUGACCACUUCCUUACCGCAGACGAUGAGAAAACGCAAAGCACCAUCUUCAUCAACUUCUCCAUCGCCAGUCGAUAAUCGGAGGCUUCGGAAGUCCUGA